GAGCCUCCGCCCCCAGAUCGCCCCGACCGCCGCCUGCGCGCCGCAACUGCUGCCCCCGCGCCCAGUUUGGCCCUGGCCCCGGGAUUGCCAGUACCCUCAAUGCCAGCGCUGCUGAGCAUGGAGUUUCCUGGACCGCAGCGCGUGCAGCCAAAGGUGGAAACCAG